GCCCUUGAGUAGCAUGAAUUGUAUCAGGCAGAGGAACAUCAGCUGGUUUUGUCGCCAGGAACACUAGGCAUCUUUGUCCUCAUAAAGGAAAAUGCAGAAAAGAGAAUUUACAGCAUCACUUCUGGCAGGUGGCUCUGCAGGGAUGUGUGUGGACCUGGCGCUAUUCCCCCUGGACACCAUUAAAACACGGCUGCAGACUCCCCAGGGGUUUCACAAGGCAGGUGGUUUCCGGGGAAUCUAUGCCGGCGUUCCCUCUGCUGCUGUUGGAUCUUUUCCUAAUGCGGCUGCAUUUUUUGUCACCUACGAAUAUAUGAAGGCCCUGCUUGGCAAUUCUUCAUCUCCAUACAUGGCACCAGUUAAACACAUGGCGGCAGCAUCCCUUGGAGAAAUAAUAGCAUGUCUUUUCCGGGUUCCUACAGAGGUUAUAAAGCAGAGAACACAAGCCUGCCCUUCGUCCAGCACAUACCGAGUUCUUCUUAUCACUCUGAGGGAGGAGGGUUUCCUGGGAUUAUACCGAGGUUAUAAAAGUACAGUAUUCAGAGAGAUUCCCUUCUCUCUUGUGCAGUUUCCCCUGUGGGAGUUUUUAAAGGGCCUUUGGUCAUGGAAGCAGGGUCAUGUGCUGUAUUCUUGGCAGUCAGCAGUGUGUGGAGCUUUUGCAGGUGGAUUUGCAGCUGCAGUCACGACUCCCCUGGAUGUAGCAAAGACCAGAAUUAUGUUGGCAAAGGCAGGUACCACCACGGCUAGAGGAAACAUUCCCUUUGUGUUGCAAGAGGUCUGGAACGCAAAAGGAGUCUCUGGAUUGUUUGCUGGCAUUGUCCCCAGAGUGGCCUGGAUCAGCCUUGGUGGUUUCAUUUUCUUAGGGGUCUAUGAGAAAGCUCGCAGCUUGCUGUUGUAGCGGAGAUGAACACCUGGCUGUUGAUGCAAGUGGCAGUGGAGGAGAAUGAAAGAGAAACAGCAGCAAAUAUCCCCCAAGAGCCUCCUUGCCGGUACCUGACAUUCACACUGUGCAUUUUAUAUGGACCAUCACGUAAGCGCCUAGAGGAGAAUUGUCUGGCUUUCCACUUGUCAUUUCUUCUGGCGGGAGUCUAAUUUGAGAGCCACACUGAAGUCUUGGGACACAUGGAGCAAAGUUAACAAAGAUGUCUUAUCCAUAACCAUUUCUCAGUAAUUGGUAGUUGUUACUAAAUUGUUUCUCCGAUUUUAAGAUGGAGAGAAAAAACUUUUCAUUUGGCAUAAAGCUGGUGUGCAGAUAGAUGAUUUGUUGAAGUGGCUU